UAGGAAGGGCCUCCUAGAUCAGUCGAUUUCAGCCCCUCCCCUUGUUCCAAGUAGAGAAACUGAGACCUAAGGGGGGAAGAGCAGGGGGUGGGGAGGAGGGGCUCUGUUGAUCAAGGACCUACCCGCAACCUGUCUUUCUCUCCCUGCUCCCCCUACCUCAGUGUCCUUGGGGUGGAGUGGGAGGUCUAAAAGUCAGAUAGCAGGGUGCCACCCACAUCUACCCUCACCCCAGCAGUGAUGGCGCAGGUGGUGUCCCGGGAACCUGACACCCAAGAUGAAUAAAUAAUGCAGACUCAACUGCCUGUGGCCAGAACUCUUCGCCCGCUGCUACCACCAUCGUCACCGCUUGCCCGUGGCCAGGGCCAGUCCCCUGGUAGCCCUGUGCAUCAGCCCCUCAGCUCCCAGGACCUGCACCAGAGCGAGAGCGCAGCGAGGCAGGAGAACAUGGCCGGGAGGCAGCGAGGCGCGGGCCGCCUCUGGGCGCUGGGCGGAGCCGCACUGGGGGCUUGCCUGGCGGGGGUCGCCACGCAGCUGGUGGAGCCCAGCACGGCCCCACCCAAGCCCAAGCCACCCCCACUGACCAAGGAGACCGUGGUGUUCUGGGACAUGCGUCUGUGGCACGUGGUGGGCAUCUUCUCGCUCUUCGUGUUGUCCAUCAUCAUCACUCUGUGCUGUGUCUUCAACUGCCGUGUACCACGGACACGGAAGGAGAUCGAGGCUCGGUAUCUACAGCGAAAGGCAGCCAAGAUGUACACGGACAAGCUGGAGACUGUGCCUCCCCUCAAUGAACUCACAGAAAUCCCUGGAGAGGACAAGAAGAAGAAGAAAAAGGACAGUGUGGACACGGUGGCUAUCAAAGUAGAGGAGGAUGAGAAGAACGAAGCCAAGAAGAAAAAGGGAGAGAAGUGAGGAGAGUGUCCUGCAGGUGGCAGCCGGGGCUCCCAGGCCCUGAAGCACAAGUUUGGGCCAGGAUCCAGGCACCAGGACUCCAUGUUCAUAUGUGGACCGCAGAAGCUUUGGUCUGAGGAGAAGCCAAAGAAAGCCAUGGCCAUUACCGCAUGGCUCAAAAGAUGUAGGGACAAGACUUCACGGGAGUGUCCAUCCUGGCCUCUGUUCCUUCCACAUCGUCAGUCUGGGCACUUCUCUCGGGCCACUGUCCCUCUUGCAGAUAUAGAGUGGCCUCAGACUCUAGUCCCCACCCGGAGAGGCUUCUGACCCACCCUUUUUGCCAGGGGCAGAGGUGUCUAUGAAGGACUCAGAGGCUGGCAGUUUAGGAGGGCGGGGUUGAACAGGUUAUGUGUGAAGCAUGGAGGGAGGGCAGAAGGGACACUUGUGACACGAGGGACUCUCUGACAUAGCUAGAUGGCAGACCUAAUAGCAAGGACGUUGCCCCAAGCUCGACAGGAAUCUGUCCCUGGCUGCCAAAGUGGCCUCAUUAUC